CCACCAGGGUGGCCCCACUCAGGGACUGGAGAAGCCCUCAACUCCUCAUCUUCGCCGCUGUUUUGCAGCCCAGCAGCUCCAUCAUGUCCUUCAGCGCUGACCAGAUUGCUGAUUUCAAGGAGGCGUUUCUCCUGUUUGACAGGACAGGUGAUAGCAAAAUCACCUUAAGCCAGGUUGGUGAUGUCCUCCGGGCUCUAGGCACAAAUCCCACCAAUGCAGAGGUCAAGAAGGUGCUGGGAAAUCCCACCAAUGAAGAGAUGAAUGUCAAGAAAAUUGAGUUUGAACAAUUUCUUCCCAUGAUGCAAGCUAUUUCUAACAACAAGGAGCAGGGCACUUAUGAAGACUUCGUUGAGGGUCUGCGUGUCUUUGACAAGGAAGGCAAUGGCACAGUCAUGGGUGCUGAACUCCGUCACGUGCUAGCCACACUGGGUGAAAAGAUGAGAGAGGAAGAAGUGGAAACACUGUUGCAAGGUCAAGAAGACUCCAAUGGAUGCAUCAACUAUGAAGCUUUUGUCAAGCAUAUCAUGUCUAUCUAAAUGGAGCUCUCAAGAUCAAGCAUUGUUUAGGAAGACUGGCUGGAAACUUAUAACACCCAUGUCCAGAUCUGUUUACCAUCAUUCAGAAAACAAAACAAUGUAGACUAUUCUAGACUGAGGACUUCCUGAAAUUUUUUAUACCUACAUUUCUCUCUGAAUUGCAUUCAUAUAACACAAACCAAGUGUCUCCUGCUCUAGACAAGGAUAAAAUACUGACAAUCUCAAACCCAAGCACCACUCUUUAUUUUCUACCAUGGGUCAAUCAACAUCCUUAAAUUAAAAGAGCAAUAAAUAACUUUGGUCAGUCUGGAAUA